CGCGCUUUUGUUGCGAGAACGAGGGGGCGAGGUCUUGAGGAGCCGGCGGCUGUGGCGCGGCGGGCGGGGCGGAGGAUGGAGAUGAUGACUGCGUUCUCGGCGACGGUUGGGGCCGUGCGCGAGGCGGCUGCCGAGUAGGCGGUGGGGCGUCAGGCAUGGCGGGGCGGCCCCUUGGCGCUCCCUAGGCGUCGGAGCCAUGGGCGCGCUGAGCAGCCGGGUGCUGCGGCCCGCGGGGCGCGCUGAGCAGCCCGAACCCGCGUCCGGUUCUGGGGGCGCGUCCCGCUGGUCAGACGCGGGCGAGGAUGCGGCCCAGGGCUUCUGUUACUGUCCGGGCGGCCGCAAGCGCAAGCGCAGCAGCGGCACAUUCUGCUACUGCCACCCCGACUCCGAGACAGACGAGGACGAGGACGAGGGCGACGAGCAGCAGCGGCUGCUAAACACCCCGCGCAGGAAAAAGCUAAAGAGCACAUCUAAGUACAUCUAUCAAACAUUGUUUUUGAAUGGUGAGAACAGUGACAUUAAGAUCUGUGCUCUAGGUGAAGAGUGGAGCUUACACAAAAUCUAUUUAUGUCAAUCUGGCUACUUUUCUAGUAUGUUCAGUGGUUCUUGGAAAGAAUCCAGCAUGAAUAUUAUUGAACUGGAGAUUCCUGACCAGAACAUUGAUAUAGAAGCACUGCAGGUUGCAUUUGGCUCACUGUAUCGAGAUGACGUCUUAAUAAAACCCAGCCGUGUUGUCGCCAUCUUGGCUGCAGCUUGCAUGCUGCAGUUGGAUGGUCUAAUCCAGCAGUGUGGUGAGACAAUGAAGGAGACAAUUAAUGUGAAAACUGUGUGUGGCUAUUACACCUCAGCAGGGACCUAUGGAUUAGACUCUGUAAAGAAAAAGUGCCUUGAGUGGCUGCUGAACAACCUGAUGACUCACCAGAGUGUGGAGCUUUUCAGAGAACUCAGUAUAAACGUCAUGAAACAGCUCAUUGGUUCAUCUAACUUAUUUGUGAUGCAAGUGGAGAUGGAUGUAUACACAGCUCUUAAAAAGUGGAUGUUCCUUCAGCUGGUGCCUUCCUGGAAUGGGUCUUUAAAGCAGCUUUUGACAGAAACCGAUGUCUGGUUUUCAAAGUGGAAAAAAGACUUUGAAGGGACGACUUUCCUUGAAACUGAGCAGGGAAAACCAUUUGCGUCCGUGUUCAGACAUUUAAGGCUACAGUACAUUAUCAGUGAUCUGGCUUCUGCAAGGAUCAUUGAGCAGGAUUCUCUGGUACCUUCAGAAUGGCUGUCCUCAGUGUACAAACAGCAGUGGCUGGCUAUGCUCCGGGCUGAACAAGACAGUGAAGUGGGACCUCAGGAAAUCAAUAAAGAAGAGCUUGAGGGGAAUAGCAUGAGGUGUGGCAGGAAGCUUGCCAAAGAUGGUGAAUACUGCUGGCGGUGGACAGGUUUUAAUUUCGGCUUUGACCUCCUUGUGACUUACACCAAUCGGUACAUCAUUUUCAAACGGAAUACACUGAAUCAGCCAUGCAGUGGAUCUGUCAGCUUACAGCCUCGAAGGAGCAUAGCAUUUAGAUUGCGAUUGGCUUCUUUUGACAGUAGUGGAAAACUCAUAUGCAGUCGAGCAACUGGCUACCAAAUACUGACACUUGAAAAAGACCAGGAGCAAGUGGUGAUGAACUUGGACAGCAGGCUUCUCGUCUUCCCUUUGUAUAUCUGCUGUAACUUCCUGUACAUAUCACCAGAAAAAAGAACUGAAAGUCACCGUCACCCAGAAAACCCAGGAAACUGAAGGAAGCACUCCGUGGGAAGAGGAGCACUCUGAAAACUGUCGAGGGCAGCUUUAACGUCACAGCCUCCUGCGUUCAUGUCCAAGGUGGCUAACAGUGCUGGGCCCUUAUGGACUUCAUGGACGCUGCAGGGGAUGUCCUCACCCGCACACAUCUCUAUGCACAUGUGCAAACGUAUUGUAAACUAAGGCAGUACCUGUCAAACCAUGUGUGUUAAAAGGACAUCAACUCUCGCUUUAAUUUAGUAGCAGUAGAAAAUUGCUUUAGGUAAAUUUCUCAUUUCUUUGCAACAAAAUAUAGAUUGAAUUUUGAGCUUGAAUUACCUGCCCGAUGUAAGUGAGCUUCGCCUUUUCAUCUGUAAAUCUGUUCUGUUUUGUUAAAGAGACUGCUAGGGGCAUAGCUUGAAUGGCCAGGUAUAAAUGCUCUUUCAGCUGGUGCCCUUAACGCCAUCUUUUAGGUUUUCAGUAGCUUGUUGAGACUUCUGCUGAGUCUGAGACCUUCCAGUCUCGCCGCUUUCCCAUCAGAUUCUUCUCGUGGUUUGGGAGACUAGGCUUAGGAACUGUUUCUAUUUCAUUUUGGUUU